AUGGAGACUGUCGAUUGCGUCGUGGCUGGCGCCGGUAAUCGGGGUGCUAAUCCGCCAUGGGCGUCAGGAUGGUAUGGACUGGCCGCCGCGAAGCAAUAUCGCGCCAUUCAUCCAGAUGGCUCACUUGUGGUGUUUGAUCCGCAAUCUUCUGUCGGUGGUACAUGGGCCAACGAGCGACUGUAUCCCGACUUGAAGAGCAACAAUCUGCUGGGAACCUACGAGUAUCCAGAUUUCCCAAUGGACCCCAAAAUAUUCGACGUCAAGCCAGGCCAGUAUAUUCCCGGAGAGGUUACCAACGCGUAUCUCAAGGCCUACGUGGAAAAGUUCAAUCUCGGAAGCUCAAUCCGUCUUCAAACCAAGGUUACUGUUGCCGAGCAUCAAGACACACCUAAAGGUGGAUGGAUCCUCACCGUUGUCAAUCAAGAGGGCCGAGAGUCCAAAGUCUUCGCUAAGCGCUUAAUUGUCGCAACCGGUCUAACUUCAGAACCCUUCAUGCCUCACUUCGAGGGCCAGGAGACUUUCGGCGGAAGAGUGUUUCACAGCAAAUACUUUCAACAGAAUCGAGAUACCAUCAAGACGUCCAAAGCUGUGACUGUUUUCGGCGGGACAAAAUUUGGGUUCGAUGCGGCUUAUACCUACGCCACCGCCGGCGUUCAAGUAAAUUGGGUCAUUCGAUCGUCUGGCCAUGGUCCAUGCUGGAUUUCCCCAUCAUACGUGACUCCCUUCAAGAAAUGGAUCGAAAAGCUUGCAAACAUGCGCUUCCUCACAUGGUUCAGUCCAUGCGUUUAUGGAGAUGCUGCUGGCUACACCAACAUUCAGCGCUUCCUCCACGGCACUUUCAUCGGUCGCCUCAUUGUCAAUGCAUUUUGGGCAAUCCUCGGAGGCGAUGUCUUGUCUCUCGUAGGAUAUGAUUCACACCCCGAGACAGCAAAACUGAAGCCUUGGAUGCCAGCCAUGUUCACCGCAACUAGCUUCAGCAUUCUCAAUUAUGACACUGACGUUUUCGAACUCGUCCGCAGCGGCAAGAUCAAGAUCCACAUUGGCGAAAUCGAUCAUCUAAGCCAGGGCAAAGUCCAUCUUUCAGAUGGCACCUCUUUUGACUCUGAUGCUCUCAUCUCCAACACAGGUUGGAAGAAUGCUCCCCCAAUCAAAUUCCUACCCGAAGGCAUCGAGAAUGAACUGGGAAUACCGCAUGAUAUCGACACCGACGCACCAGCAGAAGACCUCGCAAAUCAGCAACAACUCAUCAGAAAAGCCGAUAAAGAGAUUGCCAAGCGUUUCCCCAGACUCAAGAACCAGCCAAUCUGGAACGAGAACUAUAUUCCCUUGACGAAUCAAAAGGGAAUAUCGAGCAACGAGGCCGUGACACCGUAUACGCCACAAACGCCUUACAUGCUGUAUCACUUCCUCGUCCCACCAUCAGAGCGAUUUCUUCGCUCUCGCGACGUUGCAUUCUGCGGCUUCGUCAGCAACUUUAGCAACACUCUAACAGCGCAUAUCCAAGGCCUGUGGAUCGGCGCUUACUUCGGUGGCCUCCUCGCACAGGAUCCUGCUCGUUCCGUAGACGAUUCCAAGGCCAUGGACAAGCUGCGAUACGAGACAAUGUUGCACAACCGCUUCGGCAAAUGGCGUUAUCCGACCGAGACAAAGGCUCCGUCAACAAUUUUCGACGCCGUCUACUACCUUGAUAUGCUACAGAAAGACCUCGGGUUGAACCCUCGCCGCAAGCCAAAGGGGCUGCUCACGGAAGUGACGAGCCCUUAUGGCGCAGAGGAUUACCGAGACCUCAAUCAAGAAUGGGUGGACAAGAUUGGCAGCAAGAGAACGGCUUGA